UAUCUCAUCAUUCGUUACAUUAACAAAUUGAAUUGGCAGUUGAAGGAUUCAUUUGGCUUCCCCUGCCAUCAUCAAGGGGGCUAGCCACCUUGUUUCUAUCUAUCUAUCAUCUACCGACUUCAGCGGUUCGACCCCGCAUUAUUAUAAUGCAAUAAUUCCAACUUUGAAUAUAAUAAUUUAAAUCUGACACAUCAAGAAGUACGAAAUGGGCCCCCACAAGGAAAUUUUCCACCUCGUAAAAGGAUUAAACAUCAACAUUCUACCAUAGAAAAUUCACAAAAUUUGCCUUGGAGUUUCUAGUUUCUAACGUAAAUCCUAACUUCUUGACUUGGAGUUUUGUUUUGUCCCACGUCGCCAAUCGGAAGAUACUCCGAAAUUUGGAGGGAUUUCAUAUUAAAAGAUGAAGAUGUUAUGCUUCACAGCAUGGCUAUCUAUCAGAAAGAAAUAAGAUAAUAGUAAUACUAGUUUCAGUUUUAGGUCAAAUAUAUUUGUUAGACCUGAUCUAACCGUCAUUUUGACUAGGAACACGAGAUCAACAACAACUUUGGCUAUCAAAGGUUUAGACAAAAUUCACCUCUUACCCAGAAAAAGAAUUCAAAAUUUUACCAUGGGCAAAGGCAGGCGAUUGCUUAGAAACCUGUAAGAAUCCUUGUAGUUUCCUUGGAAUAUUUUAAAAUACGCGUUUCUCUUGAAAGCCAUCAACAGAGAGAUUAGAGGGAAAUUUAGAAAGAAAAUGAAAGAAAAGAGAGAAGGAAGGUGUAUCUGAAAGGUGGAAUCUUCACGGGUGACUCAAGCUUUUCCAGUUCAAAAGAAAAUCUUUCUUUGUUUCGGGUUGGAGUUGGGUCCGGGUUAUCCAAAAUUCGGAUCCGAAAGCAUGUCAAUAGAGUCGAGCUGUGGGUCUGGGGAUCACAGAGUGAAAGGAAUACCAACUCAUGGUGGACACUAUGUUCAGUACAACGUUUAUGGUAACCUCUUCGAAGUUUCCAGAAAAUACGUCCCUCCUAUUCGCCCCGUUGGCCGUGGUGCUUAUGGUAUUGUCUGUGCUGCUGUGAAUUCAGAGACACGGGAGGAGGUUGCUAUCAAGAAAAUUGGUAACGCAUUUGACAACAGGAUUGAUGCCAAAAGGACAUUGCGAGAGAUCAAGCUUCUUCGUCACAUGGAUCAUGAGAAUGUGAUUGCCAUUAAAGACAUCAUACGGCCUCCACAGAGGGAGAACUUUAAUGAUGUCUACAUUGUUUAUGAACUGAUGGACACUGAUCUUAAUCAAAUCAUACGAUCCAACCAAUCAUUGACAGAUGAUCAUUGUCGGUACUUUCUCUAUCAGGUUUUACGUGGGCUCAAAUAUGUACAUUCAGCAAAUGUUUUGCAUCGUGACUUAAAGCCCAGCAAUUUGCUUCUGAAUGCAAAUUGUGACCUUAAAAUUGGGGAUUUUGGGCUUGCAAGGACAACAUCUGAAACUGAUUUUAUGACAGAAUAUGUAGUUACUCGUUGGUAUCGGGCGCCAGAAUUGCUUCUGAAUUGUUCUGAAUACACUGCUGCAAUUGAUAUUUGGUCGGUGGGUUGCAUACUUGGUGAAAUGAUGACUAGACAACCCCUCUUCCCUGGCAAAGACUAUGUGCAUCAGCUGAGGCUUAUCACAGAGCUUAUAGGUUCACCUGAUGAUUCCAGCCUUGGUUUCCUUCGAAGUGACAAUGCCAGAAGAUACGUUAGACAGCUUCCACAAUACCCAAGGCAAAAUUUCUCUGCUAAAUUUCCUAACAUGUCACCUGGUGCUGUUGAUUUACUAGAGAAGAUGCUUAUUUUUGAUCCCCAUAGGCGCAUUACAGUCAAUGAGGCUCUAUGUCACCCAUACUUGGCACCUCUUCAUGACAUCAAUGAGGAGCCUGUUUGCCCAAGGCCUUUCAGUUUUGAUUUUGAGCAACCAUCUUUUACUGAAGAAAAUAUCAAGGAGCUUAUCUAUAGAGAAUCUGUAAAGUUCAAUCCAGGCCCAAUUCAUUGA